UCCCGGUUCCUUCCCAAACAGUCGUCCCUGUUCCUUCCCAGACAGUCGUCCCCGUUCCUUCCCAAUCAGUCGUCCCAGUUCCUUCCCAGACAGUCAAUCCUUCCCAGACAGUCGUCCCGGUUCCUUUAGCACCGCCUGCUUCCUCCACUUUAAGCCUACUUCCUUCUUUCCAUAAAGAUCAUGACUACACCUUUAUUAAGCUCGGACCUACUCCGAGUCAACGUGGCUCAAAGUCAAUUCAACCGAGCACCGAGUCCUGCUCCAGCAAGCCUCCCCUGGGGGUGGAGGAGCGGCCUUGCGUGACAAGCAGUCAAGAUGACCAAUGUGGGAGCCAGAAAGGAAAGAGAACCCGGAAGCCGACUAAGAGGGCCAAAGACCUCCAGGAAGCCACUGAGGCAACGGUUGAAGCCAAGAAGAAGAGAACUUCUACGCCUCCUCGGGAGAAGCGCCCUCGUAAAUCUCGCGCCAAAAAGAAAGUUUGUGUGAAGAAGGCGCCGGGGACUCAACCCCGCGGCUUCCAUUUACUUCCCAGUCAGUCGAUGUGGGUGAUGACUCCCGGGGGUCUGGUCCAGCUGAAAGAAGGCACCCUGCCACCAAACGCUCGCCUCCUAGCUUCACCCGGGAAUGUUUUGAAUCAUCCGGUCACGCCCGCUCUGCGAUUCACCGCCGGCAGCCCGCAAUUCACCACACCCCAAACCAUAGCUGCUGUAUCUGUCCCCGUAAACCGCCCCUUUAUGAAUCAGCCACGCCUUAUUCCUGCCCCGCCUACCUCCGCCUUCAGGCCCAUCCCACCAGCCUUCAUCCGGCAACCUGUCUCAAACCCCCGUCUCCCCCCUCCUCCCCCUAAAGUCUUCCUGCCAUAUAAGGGCACAGUGACACCGGACCCGACAGCGCCCCCUCCCCUCAGACGGGAGGCGCUGCAGUUCGACCCCUCCUUGAUGUUCCUUGAGCCCCAGGAUGCGGUGCAGGAUUGGCUGAGCGGUCAAGGAGGCGUGGUGGUACCUGGAUUGAGCGUGUCUCUUCCCUACCUGCCGCCUUUCGUCAGCAGUCUGAGCACGCUCAGUGCGCUGCUUCGGGCCAAGAAGUCUCUGACCAUGUCAGUCCUGAAGCUGCUGAGACGGGGCCCCCAACCCCAACGGCCACACAAACCAGGCAGCCGCCCCGAGGGGACAACCACUCCGUCUCCAGACCUGCCGGACUCCACCUCUGAUCUCCGACCAGCCGGGGACCCUCCAGCGGCGUCCGCCCCCCCGCAGGAGGGCGAGGAGGCGGAGGUGGUGGUGGCGGUGGCGCGGCGGCUGGUGGCGGAGCGGUUCUCCAGUAACCCGGCUUACCAGCUGCUAAAGGCCCGCUUCCUGUCUUGCUUCACUGUCCCUGCCCUCCUGGCUACCGUGCAGCCAAUCAGAGACAAGACAGCAGGCGAGGAGGAGGAAGAGGAGGACGAGGUGGACAUGAAGACGCUGAAAGAGAGAGGAAGACCGAGGAGAGCAGAGAGAUCUCUGCUGCUGUGUGAUUGGUCCGGAGCCUCAGCCAAUCACUUCUCAGGAAUCAAGGACCACACGCCGGACCAGACGCUCUCCGUCCAAUGAGGGCCCAGUUAGAGGUCCCCGUUGGACGUCCUUGUUGGACGUCCUCGUUAGAGGUCCCCCGUUAGACGUCCUCGUUAGAGGUCCUCGUUAGACGAGUUCAGGCCGCUGAU